CACUACGCAGGAAUGGCUCCCGUGCGCGAAAGACGCGGAACGCUUCAAGAAAAAUUCAAAUUAGUUGAAUGUCCAAAAUGAGAGGAGAAGGAAUACACAUUCGGCGGUCGUCCACACCCGAAUGAAUCUACGCGCUUUGGUACUUCCUUCACAGAACCACGAAACCGUAUUAUUGGAGAGUUCAAACACUCAGGACAUCGGGAAUACUACCCGUAUAGGACUCUGACACGUCAAGAUGGAAUAUCCAUCUGUGCGGUUUAAGCGCGAUGAAGAAUCGAGGGAGGAGGAGCAUAUCCUUACACAUUGUUCAGAAUGCAAAGAAUGUGAGAUAUUCUUGUCCACGUCUGGCAUGCUGCGAAUGGAGGAAUGUGAGGAAUGGUACAAAAUACGGGAAACAAUGCGCCCGCCAUAAUCUUUCACUAACAGAACUUACAGGUAUCAGUGCGAUGGAUCUGGAAGGAGGGGGCUAUCAUUCUUUCUCUAAAUAUACGAGUAGAUAUGUGAGUUGCGCUUGGACAAAAACAAUACACUGCGAAUGGAGGAAGUUAGGGAGUGUUCUGGAAAUUCUGAGGUACAGGCUUGGCGGGGUCCUGAAGGGGACUCUUACACGUAGGAUUGUCAGCCUUACCAAGGUGUUUCAAGCGAGAUCCUGAAAUUAGAAUCAUGGGAGUCGAAAUGUGGCAAAAUUAUUGACUCCGAGUAGCUUGCAUCGCGGCUGCCUCAAUAAGUGGUGUAUAAAAAAUUUAAUAGUUGUAAUACAUAA